AUGAGUAACAAUCAUCAAACUUCAAAUUCAAUGACGCCUCCUGCAAGGCCUGCUCUCCAGAUGACACCUCCUGCAAGGCCAAAUCUCCGAUUCUCACCGGGGGCCAACAGUGGAUACUUUGAUAGUUCUCCCGUUCGUACGACCCCUCCACUUCUCCGUCAUAGAACUAGCAGUCGAUCAGGAAGUAUUCCCCACACUCCGGACCGUUUCAUUCCUUCUUCGGCUUCUGUCCAAUCUUUCCGUAUCAAUACUCCUGCAAGUAGACGUUCCGAAGAAGGUACUCGUGCUCGUAGACGUUCUGCAAGUCCUACUCCUCGUGCUCGAACUGCUCGUACUAGAUCCAUUUCUUCGAACCGUGUUGGGGUUGGUCAUUUCCCUGGUGCUAUCAACUUCGAUGGCAGUCGGCGUUCUACACGGCCGUUAUUCGGUUUCUCACAGGACGGUCAGGCGAAUGCUAGCCAACAACGGCAAGGGUAUCUUGUCAAUGCUACGAUGGAUACUGCGGAUGCCAUUAUCCAGGAAGAGCACGAGAUGCAUGAGGAGCGUUUAGCCUUGGCCCUUGGUGUUAACCUUGAUGGGAAAGUUAUGUCUUUCGACUCUUCCCCUUCUCCUGAAAAACGGUCUUCUGGGCUUGGACAGUCCCCUAUGAAGAUGGAGUUGGGAACUUGGAUUCUUGAUGCUCCUGGCCUUAGGGACGAUUUUUAUUGUACACUUUUGGCAUACUCGCCGGUCUCCAAAGUUCUAGCGGUCGCUCUCGGGAGCGAUAUAUAUGGUUGGACGGAGAGGGGGGGAGCAAAGCCGUUCAAACCGUGGGCAACAACUCAAAUAACCGCUAUUGCAUUCUCAUCAACUCCUGGAAAGCUCGAUAUACUCGCUGUCGGCCGAGUUGAUGGUGUGAUUUCUUUGUGGGGGCUCGGCGAAUCUGUCCCUCGAGCCGAAGCCCAACAUCAAGCAGCAGUUGCUUGCGUUUCUUUCAAACCGUUUGAGUCGAAACGGCGUGGAUUAGGCAAUCGUAAGGAAUGGACACGCUGUGAGGAUCUUUUGCUUGGUGAUGAGUCUGGAAAUAUAUACUUUUACGCGAUCGAAUGGGAUCCAGAGCUUGGGAGCGUUGCCUGUGGAAUGACCCUUGUUCGACGGAUGAAAGUUCAUACCCAGCAGAUUUGUGGUAUUGCAUGGUCGACAGAUGCCAGCCAGGUUGCAACUGGUGGGAACGAUAAUCAGUGUAUCCUCUUCGAUGUCGAAACUCCAAAGGAUGAAGACUCUGACUCCAGGGACGCAGAUGAACCGAACCGCGAAUUGAUCAUUCGUCAUAAAUGGUCACAUCAAGCAGCGGUUAAAGCAAUUGCCUUCUGUCCUUGGCAGAAAAGUUUGAUCGCAACAGGUGGAGGAUCAAACGACAGAGGAAUUCAUUUCUACCAUACCUUUACCGGUUCAUCGAUCGCCACUAUCAAUGUUUCGGCUCAAGUUACAAGCUUGGUUUGGUCUAACCAACGUAAAGAGAUCGCGGCCACAUUUGGAUACGCUAAUCCAGAACACCCUAUCCGAAUUGCCGUUUUCACCUGGCCAGACUGCCACAAGGUUGUUUCGAUACCAUGGGCAGAAGACAUGCGCGCUCUGUAUGCUCUGCCAUACCCUGGUGGACCACCGGAGUCGAAAAACGGACGUUCGUCAAAUUCGGAGAACGGAGGGGCUAAUUCGGUGGCUCCCGGAUCGACUGAUCCGAAGUAUGAAGGGUGCCUUGUGGUCGCCGCCAGCGAUGAAACUAUCAGAUUUCAUGAAGUUUGGGGUGUAGUCGGGGCAAAGGGUAAGUCGAGACGUCAGUGCAGUACUAGCGCCUUGGGGAGCGAGAUUCUGGAAACUUUAGAGGGGAUUGAGAAGGAGGGACCUUAUAAGAUCCGCUGA